AUGCGUGCCUAAGGUUGCAGACCCCUGCUCUACACUUACUUUGUAUUGUGUGAAGGUGCUUCUUUCUCAUUUCUGUCUGCUAGCAAACGAGAGAAAAAUGCCUGAAAGCUGCUUUGUGGUGGGAUACACUAACAUAAGGCUAAAGGACUGAGAAUUAAUUUUUUAUACGCUGCUGAACUAAAAGACUGAGCCUUUAAGAAGACAAAAGUGAAUAUAGGGCUAUAUGCUGUGUGGCGGAAGAGACACAGAAAUGAACUGCACAGGCAGCCUGCAGCUCAAAAACCUCUUUAAAAGUGACACAUACACCUGGACAUGUUGCUAGUAACAGGGAUGGAUUUAUUGAAAGGUAUGCAGUGUUUGUAAUAGGCUUUAAUAAUAAUAAUAGUAAUAGACUGAAUAUCAUUGUGGACCUCAGGAAGCCUACGCAUCCCCUCUCCACAUAAAUGGCGAGGUGGAGUGUGUUUACAACAUCCUGAAUUCAUAAAACAAAGGAUGUCUCAUAAUUCCUUAACACCUCCCACCUGGUGAAGAAAGCUCAACAGAGGCUUUUCUUCCUAAGAAAACUCAAACAGGCCAUACUUAUAUCUCAGCUCCUAAUAAACUGUUACAGAAGCACCAUAGAGAGUAUCUUCUAUUACUGCACCACAGUGUGGUAUGCCACUUGUACCACCGAGAACCAGAAGGACUUGGUCCAGGUAGUAAAACAGCACAGAAGACUGUGGGAACUAUACUCCAAAACAACAAAGACAAAGAGUAUGCUAGCCAUCUGUAGCUGAGUCAAGGUUUAUUACUUUUUUUAAAUGUUAUUAUCUGGUGAACUUCCUCAAAACUUGAGUGUAAUAUUCCAUUAUUAUAACAUUUACAUUUGUGUGCAUUGUAUUAGUUAUGAGUUGUUAGUACAUUACAUUACACAUUACAUUAGUAUUUUGUUAAUUUUUGUAAAACUGUUUUAAUACACACAACAACAACAAAAAAAGCUACUACAGCUAUUGUGCUGGAGACAGAGAGACGACGCUGCAGUGUGUGUGUGUGUGUGUGUGUGUGUAUGCUGACUGUGUCCUGUGCUGCUCUUAUAGAAUAAACAUUCAGAUCCUGUUUCCUGGUGUGAUUGGUGUUCUUCAGCCUGUGAGCAACCAUCUUGCUGCACGUCUACACAAGAAGGCUAGCAGCAUCAGUAAGGACCCAACCCACCCAGGUCACAGUUGGUUUGUCCCCUCACCAUCGGGUAAGAAAUACGGAGCCAUCAAAACCCAAACUAACAGACUGCCAUAGCUGCUGAGGACGGAGCAAUAAAUAUUACCACCUACACCCCACCCCCCACUACUGCUAAUGCACUCCAACAGGGUUUUUACUAGGUCCUAUUUAUUAUCUUAUCUUGUUCCCAUCUUGUUUUCAUUGCUGCUGAUCACUUAGAGUUAUCAAGUGUUAUUUCCUUGUAUGCCUACAGGGACAAAAAAAAGAGCUCAAAUCAGAAAUAACUGCAAUUUUCCUGCCCGAUUACAAAUUAUCAGCUGUGUGUGUCAUGUCAGCCUGUUAUGUAGUGGAGUUUACUACACAGUUCUAUCUCUACUGCAGAUGUGACGUCAGCCCUUGUAUUCAUGUAUUGCAUUUAAUGUAACAUGUUUCAGCAUAUACUAUAAACCUCCUCAGUGGUAAAUAAAAGGUGUUAAAAUGAUCCUUUGACAUGCUGAAAUCUAAUGUUUUUAUCUAGCUACAGGCAUUUUGUUAGCAGUUCAGCCCUUGGUUGCAGAUUAUGGUGCCGAUUACUUUUUUGAAUUGGGCAUGGUUUUCAAAACACGACACAAAAAGUAUGCUGCGGUUGCAAUCUGUGUUUUUAAGCUUUUGUUCUGAAAUUAAACAGCAUUUAUAGGAAGACAUUUUAAGACAUCACAGAAAACCCCCUCUCCCAUUAGGGCUUCCUUCAAAGCAGAGUUCAGGCUCAUUCAAUACAAUGCAGUUUAGCUGACCUGCUGCAUUUAUCCAGCACCAGCUAUUUUGGAUGGGCAUAACGGCUGUGGUUGAGAGGGGAGUUGACUAUUGGAAGUCAAGGGUGUUGUACUCUAGUUUAUGUCCUGCUUGUUUAACAGUAAUAAUUAUUAACAGGUAAAUUGUUUAUACUUUCGCCCUUACUUCCAGAUUUUCAGCGUCAGUAAGCAGUUGUAGCCCACUCGCUCACUGUGAAGUAAGACACGCUGUGGUCCACCUCUCUUGGAGAUCACAAUAUCAUAACAUCCAAACACUUCUCUCCUUGGACAAGCUGACAGGAGGACUGAACCGACAGUGAAUUAAAAACCACUCAGAUACGUAUCUGUUUCAUUUCCUGUAGCUUUCACCCCUUGUCCUUGAGGCUUUCAGUAAAGAUUACACCCAACCAGCAGAUGAACGGGAAUUGUUUUCAUCACUAGCCUCUCCUUUCCCUGAAACAUCCCUCAAACCAUCUGUUUAUGCUGCUUCUCCAGCUCAGUCAUGCAUUGCAUGCAGGUAUGUCAAACAGCAUGCAUGCAGGCACACACGUUUACCACACUGCACGAGAUGGGACAGCAUUUAAAAACACUGUAUAAGAUGAUACAACAUAAUUCAGCUAAGCUUUAGAAUUUGAUAGGGUUCAAGGACUCCCACUGCAGGAAUCCCACUGCAGCCCCCAUUUUCCCCCAGUAUCAUGCGGUGGAAAUGUUAAGUGACUGUACAGUUAUGCGGUCAGAACAAUUGUAUAAUUUUUUUACUACAAGUUUCUCUGAAGAAUCACAGACAACGGAGUGAUGAAUCUUUCUCUUUUACUCAUGCCAGCAUGGAGAAGGACACACAGUCGUUCUCAUGAACAACAAACAGUUUCAACUCCCAGUGGAAAUUUGAAUAGUAACACAGUAACAAAGUCAUGAAGUACAGAAGUACAGAAACCAAAACCAAGGAAUACUGAUAACUAGGGGUGUGACGAGAUCUCAUACCACGAGAUCCCGCGAGAUGAAGCGCAACGAUAUUUCUUGUUGACGUGAAUAUUGUCUCGCGAAGCUAUAAUUAAGGGGCGCACCAAAAAAAAAAUCGCUCAUUCGCACGUCAUGUCUUCUUUUUAUAAUGUCAUGUGUGGAUCAUUAACCUUGUUGCAGCUUCUACCUGCUGAGAAGAUCUCAGUCAGAAUUAUGAGAUGAGGAGAGGAGCAGUGGUAAAUUGACCUCAGGUCUCUACACUGAAAGCCUGAGGUAGGAGGAGAAGGGAAUCUAGCAGCUAUGGAAGCCUAAUGAUGCAAAAAGUAAAAUUAUAACACAAUUUAUAUGUUGUUCUACUUGUGUAUUUAUGUGAUACAGGAUUUGUGCAAUUUACCUUUAUUUCUGUGCUUUUUUAUUAGCGAUAUGUUAUAAUUUGUGAUAAUUGGAUUCUUUAUAUAAUUUAUAUUUAUAUAUUACAAUUGUUUUUACUCUUUACAAUUUACUUUUUAGUAUUUGUGAUUGUAUCUAACUUUUGUAUCUAUGGUUGUUAUUUCCAUAAAUACCAAAAUUAUCCAUCUAUAAAAUAUCUAUAUGGGGAAACCUUUUACAGUGCUGCAUACUGCAUAUGAUAAUUAUAUAUUUAGAAAGUAGAACUAAAGUGAUUCAUUACAAGAUGAUUAGUUCAAACAUUUCAAUUCCAUUUCCAUUUUGUGAAUUUUAAAUAAAAGAACAGUCAUGUAUUUGCUCAUUGAAGUUUUCUUAAAAAUAUAGUUAAAAUCUUGUCUCGUCUCGAUCUCGUGAACCCAAUAUCUCGUCUCGUCUCGUCUCGUCUCGUGAGCUUAGUGUAUCGUCGCACCCCUACUGAUAACCUUUCCCAGCCCCCCCUCACAACUGGCAGACAUAGGUAACACGUAACAGUUUCUCAGUUCCCGUAAAUCCCCCUACCUCUUGACCUUUUCGCGCCUUCUCCUUUUUGCUACAGUAACUUCAGUUUUUAGGUAAAACAAUUAGUAUCAAAUGUCAAGAAUAGUCAUAUAAAAAUAGGAAAACACACUGCAUGUUUCAAGACAUCUGAAUUACAUCAUAAUCCUAUUUUUUAUAACACAGACUAUACAGUUUUAAAUAUUUACUUUUCUAACAAAAAAAUCCCUAACAAAGUUUAAACCAACCCUACAUUCUUUUCAUGAAUGUACAUGCAGAAUUGGCAAAAUUAGGGAGAGGUGUAUGGGCAUGACUUGAUAAAGUGUAUCUUUUGAAUAAAACUAUGGGAAUUGUUAUAUAUGUGCUGUAAUACUAUGAGUUACAGAAUGCCAAAGUAGACAACAAAAUCAACUCAGAUAGAGGGUCUGGAAAGACUCAUUUUACAGGUUCCCACCCCCAUCUUGACAUCAUGUUACUUCAGCCAGUCAAGCUCAAGUAAAGUUAAAAAGGGAUGCCCAAAAUCAUAGCUGUUUGGUGAUUGGGUCUAUUUUCUCUGCGUUCGAUGCUCAAACAUGUCUCAUAUAGCCCCAGAAACCACACCCAUAAGGAAUAAAAGAGCAUAGGAUGCCACUCCCAUCAGCCACUACAGUCAGAUAUUUUCCAGCAACACAUAACUCCCAUCCAGAGAGCCACUAUGGAAUCAGGCCAGGUCCGUACUGUUGCUCCAUCCUACCUAGGAUGGUCAAUCUUCAACACUUUAUGCUGCUGUCUGCCUCUUGGGGUUGCAGCUAUCGUCUGCUCCUGCAGGGUACAAAAUGCUACUGCCCUCGGGGACUCAACCAGAGCUGCUGAUGCAUCCAGGACAGCCAAGAUGCUAAACGUCAUCGGACUUGUCUGUGGAAUAAUUUUGAUCAUCAUUAUUGUUGCAAUCCAAGCCACUUCAAAACACUGAACUAACAUCUUCAAAAGAGCCUGCUUUUGCUGGCAGACCUGUUGGAAUCUGAACACCGCCUUUGUUAUGGACUUCCCCUCCUCCACACGCAAGGUCUCUAAAUAGAAAAACAGAUGUCUAAAUCAGUGAGUACAUAUGGAUUGUACACGUGUUGGUCUAUAUACUGGAUCAGGCUCCCAUAAACAGACCAAAGGAAUGCCAUUUUAAAGCACUACUUGUGGUGGUAAAAACUAAAAGUAUGUAUGUUUUUUUAAGGAGACUUUCACGUGAAUGUUUUUGAGAUCAGUGAUUAUGAUAAAACAAGCAUGUUCAGUGACAAAAAUGCAACUAACUAAACAAAAACUAAUUUUUUCUUAUUUUAUUUUGAUUUGGUGAGCUUAUGAUAAAAGUAACAAUCGAGAUUAGAAACUGGCCCAAUUUCCAAAAAUGUUCUGGAGUUGGUACUAAUUAGGUUGAUGGAAAUGAAGUAUUCCUCAUGUUGUGCAAUAAGUUUCCUGAAGGGUCCAUGAUUGUAAGGAUGUAGUAUAGCUUUCUGAUUUGUUCUGUCAGUAUUGCCUGUAAUAAUCAGAUGGGUGCUUUGUCUAGCUAGCUUUGCAUUUUUGUUUAACAGCUCUGUAUUUGCAUGACUUAUCUGAAUAUAGACUUUACAACAUUAUAUAAAACAUAACUUGCUUACUUGGUAAACAUCAAUACUUCUGCCUGUUUUUGUUUUGUUCUUAUUGUGUCAAACUGUUUUGGAUUUUAAAACUGCAUUCUUGCAUUGUACACAAAUACUGAAGUAUUAAACAGUCUCUGUUUACCAAA